AAAUUAUCUUUUACACGACUGUUGAAUAUGCCUGGGAAGUAUACUUAAUGGAACCAGCUUCAUCAAUGGAUGUAUCUCCGGAGGUUUCGCGAAAUCAGUGGCGAGAUUGCUUUUGCAGAGGAAAUACGCCUUCCGAGGAGAAGAACAACCAAUCAGCCGUGGCGAACCAAAGAUAAACAAGCCUUAUGAUAAGACAAAACUCUCAGGUUUACCCAGGCUGUGUGCAGCCCUAGAGAACUAUCAUGCUGGCCUGUAUCCAGAGACGGCAGAAUCUCUCGUCGCAGAGUCUGCCCUGCACACCCAAAAGCCUUGAUGUUCCACCGCCGCCAUUACUGCUGUCAGUACCACCACUGCAGCCACGCUCCCACAAAGGCGAGCCAGCCUCCAUGAUUUCUCGGUACCCGUCUCCUGCAGAGUUGGAUGCAUUUGCCCAGAGGACCGCCAACAGCCCGCUGUCCAUCAAAAUCUUUCCGACUGACGUCCGGGUGCCACAACAUAAACAGCUUAACAAAACAGUGAACGGCUUAGACACCACAGGCCAACGCUACAGCCCCUAUUCACACCCGUACUCAGGAGGCUACCAGGGUUUGUUGGCCGUCAUCAAAGCCUCUGUGACCGCCAAAGGUGUGGUGAAAAACUCUGAGGGCAGGAGGACUAAACAUGCAAACACCCAGACAUCUGUGGCACCGUAUAAUAAUCCUCUGAAUAAUGGCUACACAGUCAGACAUGGGCAUAAGGCCUAUCAUAUAAGCUCAUGUAAGCCCCAUGAUGUUCCCAUUGAGACACUUUGUUCCAGCACAGGGAUGGCCUCCGGAGAUCAGAGCCUGGCCCCCCAGUCGGAGCUGGCAGAGGUUCAAAGCCUGAUGAGGCAGAUGAGCAGAGUCCCCCACAGCCAGGCCCUGCAGCUGGGGGGAGAGGCUCGAGCCAGCCCCUCUCUGCAGGCUGUGGCCGCAGUGGCACAUUCAGACUCAGACUUUGUCCUGGGAUUGCCGCCACAGAGCAGCCUCGCAUUUACAGGGGCAGUGCUACCUACACAGAGUGCAGACGUAGCCAAAGCUGGGUACUUAGAGAAAGGAGACUACACAGUGUGGCAGCAUAAACACCCAAUUCAGCAGCAGCACUAUCAGCAGGGAGCAGUGAGGAUGUACAGUGUGGGUAACAGCGCUCAGAGGCACAGAGCUGCAGAGGCCGGGGUUGGCCAGUCUCCUGAAACCUGCCUCCCAUUGCCAUGCUCCUCGCAGCUGUCCUAUAGGCCGCAUCCUGGCAGCGUGGGCGCCGGGCAGGAGAGAGUGAGCAGCUCCUCUUUGAACUGCACCGCCAUGCAGGGGGAGUUCUCUGUCGGACAGUAUUUCGCUCCUCUCUGGGACGGCGUCGUGGCCACCCCUGAUAGCGACUGUUAUACCUCUCAGGUGCUGGCGACGGGUACAGCCAGGCCCAGAGACCUUGUGCUCUCCCAUCCGCAUCCCCAUCUCCACCCAAACCGCCAUCCACACCACCACCACCACCAACACCAACACCACCCACAGAGACACCAGCCACAGCUCCACCUCCCUCUGCCUCCUCCUCAUACUCAGGCCUACAGCACAGACCAAAACCUCUGUUGUGGGCUGCCUAGUUCUAGCCUGUGCCACGCUGCAGUACUUAGCAGCAGCCUGCAGUCUCUGGAGUGCCUCAUCAGUGAGAUCCACCCUCCCUGCAUCAAAGAGCGCAUGCUGGGCCGUGGGUACGAAGCCAUGGGGAUGCCUCAGCUACUGGAGCACCACCAGCAAACCCACAUCCAGCUCCCGGUCUACAGAUAAGACACGGCGUGGUGCCACACAACGGGACACAGAAUUGACAAACCUUUUAUAGACAAUGGAAGUGUGUCAUCUAUGAGAAUGAGACAUGCCUUUUUAGUUUGUGCAUGUACUGUAUUUGUAGAAGGCUUCGUGUUAUGAGCCUGAAAACGAUAAUCAAGACUAAAGAUACAGGUUUAUCUUACGGACUUUUCAUGUUUUAUUUUUAUAUCUUAAAUGGCCAUCAAUAUGCCUGCUGUUUUUCAUUCAAUGCUGAGCAACUAAUCAGAAUUUCCCAUUUAAUUUAACAUGAACUGUGUAUUCUGCAGGUGAUUCCCCCGUAGGCCUUUACAGAAAUGGAAACUUACUGAACUGAAAUAAUAAUUGGCACCCUUCUGAAAACAUGUACUUGAAUCUAGGACGGAUCACUGGUAACAGUUUUUGUGAAUAUAUUGUAGAUUUUUACAUAAAAUGGCUCCUUAGUUGAACAUUCCUUAAUUUUUAACAGAACUUUUGGUUAUCUGCUGCUUCGUUGUGGAUUUUUUUUUUGUUCACUUUUCAGUGACUCCUGUGUUAAAGGACAUACCCAGCUUCUGCAAUAUAAUGCAACAUUUCUGGCUGCUGUAUUGGGACACAUUUUGAUCAUUUGUAUACAAAUAUGAAUAUGCGUUUUUGUUAUGCAGCUAUAGAUAAAGUUAUUUGAAGGGAAAGUUAAAUUUUUUGAAGUGGGGUUGUAUGAGGUAUAUAUCCAUAGCCAAUGUAUUACUUGUAGUAGAAAGCAGUUGGCCUCUCUAUCACUUCAAGUGUAUGCUGUAUUUAAAAUAUUUUUACAACUUCACCUUUACCACAGCCCAGUUAAAAAAAAGAGACACUAACUAAACAGUAAAGGCAGCAAGUCUGCAAUGUAAAAUUACUUUUUGUCAACUGAGUCUAGUGGCUUUGACAAGAGCUUAGAAUGGCUUCAGUUCUUGUGCGUAAGAUAAAGCAGGGCUGUCUCACAGCAAGGUAAGGCAGUGAAAAUAUUCUAAAUAAAGCUCAUGCUCAAACUAAAAGACUUUUUUUAGGUGGCUGAAAUACAUUUUGCUGCUGCCCCCAUCCAUAGCACUACAUUGCUUAGAUUCCUCGUCAGUUCUCCUGCCUGUUUCUCCAAACUAGAGGCGUGCCAGCCAAAAUCUACUGUAGGUUAUACACUGACUACAGAUAAGUAUUUUAUAUAAUCCCACUUCAGAAAAUCCAAGCUAUCCCUUUAACAUAUUGAUCGAUUUAAUAUACUCAUGCUCAGCACAAUGUAUUAGGACUGUUGCAUUCCCAAAUCAACACUGUGGCAAUUCAGGCCAAGCAAGAUGUGCCCUUUUGGUUGUAUUUUUGUUGUUGAUGUUUUUUUUAAUAUUAAGAGGACAUUUUUCUUGAAUGAAAUAAUCUCUGGAAGGUUGUGACACUGUUACAACACCUGGGUAUAUACUGUAUGAGUGCCAUGUUGGAGAGCAGGCCAUCUGAAUCAUUUAAAAUAUCUUCUUUGUAGGGCUAUAUUAUCUCUGAUGAUGUGCGAUGUGUGACUGAGUAGGUCUUUGUGUGUCUGCACUGGUUCCGUAAUACUAUUUAUUUAUGUCAUGCCUGUUGAGUUAUAUGGCAAACUGUCUCUAUAGUUAUAAAGUGCAAUUAUUAUAUAUGAACAUGUGAGCGCUCU